GAAUUUCGAACAUAUACACCGCGUUGUUUGUAAACAAAUCAUCUCCCGAUCCGGUUUAUGAUUAGUUUCGCGCGGUAAAAUAAAGUGUGAUUUUAUUAAUAGUUUUGAUUAAAAAUUCGUAACAGAAAAUUAAUGGUUCGAACACGUGCUACAUCAGUAUUUCUUAUCCUGUAAAACGAUGACACAAUCUUCCACACAGAACACAGUCUAUGCAUCGAGUCUACCAUUCGAUUUGACUAACAUUGAUGUUCGGAAGAUCUUCGAGAAGUUUGGCCAAGUUGUUAGAGUAACAAUUCUUCGUGACAAACAAACCCGCAAAAGCAGGGGUGUUGCAUUCAUUCUUUUCUCAAACGCUAAGGAAGCAGACCUGUGUUGCAAUUCGCUGAACAAUGUAGAGAUGUUCGGUCGCACGCUGAAGGUCAGCAUUGCCAAGGACAACGGCAAGACGGACGAGUUUGCCAAAAGGCGUGAGUAUCCGGACAAGAGCCGCUGUUACGAGUGUGGGGAGCAGGGUCAUUUGAGCUACAAAUGCCCGCGGAAUGUGCUCGGAGAUAAGUCGCCACCGAGGUCGGCCAAGGUGCGGAACAAGGGUGGAGGGAAAAGACGUUCGGAUGAGAUGGUGGGUGCUAUUGGAAGCGGUAGCGGAUGGGACAGCGAGGAGGAUGAUGAUCGUUUGCGAAGGAUUGCUGAGAGUCAAAUGGAAGCGUCGGCCUCGACGUCGGGCGGGACGAAGAGGGUGAAGUACAGAAAGAGUGCGUACUUUAGCGACGAUGAGGAAGUAGAUGACGAUUGAAGCGAGCUAGUCAGUGAGAAA